AUGAGCAGCCAAGGCAACAGUCUGUUCCUGAGGGAGAGCGGCCAGCGCCUGGGUGGCCUGGGCUGUCUGCAGGGCCUGCAGGACAGUCUGCAGCAGAGAGCACUGCGCACGCGCCUGCGUCUGCAGACCAUGACCCGAGAGCACGUGUGGCGCUUUCUGUGCAGAUAUGCCUUCAUCUUGCUCACAGUCAGCGCUGUGAUCAUUGGGCUCAGCCUGGCAUUCGCCUUGCGCCAAUACCAGCUCUCCUACCGCCAGAUCAAGUACUUCUCUUUUCCUGGUGAGCUGCUCAUGAGGAUGCUGCAGAUGCUGGUGCUCCUCCUCAUCGUCUCCAGCCUUGUCACAGAAAUAUGUUUCCACCUAACCUUGUGGAGGCCUGCUUCAAACAGAGAAUUAAUAAUCAGCUUCAGCAGCAACUAAAAAGAAAAGAAGAGACUAUCAGUUGCAUCAUCAAGAACAUCACUGGUGACAUCGUCAGGAUCAGCAGUAGCAGUGGCAUCAUCAGUAGAAUCUUAUGUAGUGACAUUAGUAUCAUUGUGUUUGAGAAGGUGUAAGAAUGUGGAGCCUCAUUUUGUUGGUUCUGUUUUCAGACGUUGCUUCUUCUGGAGUGUUUGUUUCCAAGAAGAUGCUAUACUCGUAAGUCACAGUGUAUGCAUACAGAAAAAUAGAAACUAAUGUUUAACAGUUAUAUUUCUCUGCUUAACCAUUCAGAAAACACAAGGUUCACAUUAGGAGUGAAAGUAAUUCCCUCAUUCCAGAAUAGGAAUUAAUUGUGAACCUACCAGCUUUACUUGGGCACUUUUGUUGGACUAAACUGUUAUUUUUAUGUGAUAUAUUUUCAACAUUACUGGAAAAAAAUGAAUCAAUUCUUUUCUGGUGCUAGAAAAUGCCUAAAAGUUCUAUAUAAAGCAUGAAAUUUUUUAGUCAUAUAUACUAGUGCCAAAAAGAAUUAGAUUUCUAGUACAAAAAUCUUCAUCUAUUUUAAACUGUGAGACCAAAAUGAGCCAUCUUAGAAAUAAAACC